AUGAACGGCCCUCCACCUUCAAGCGCCGACAUCGAGCUCCACCCUGUCCUUCUGUCAUCUCCAAGCCCAAAGGCCUCCCUGCCGCCCACCGCAAAAUCAUCAAACUUGACGCUCCCGCUCUCCCCGUCCCCCUCUCAGCCCGUUGCCGGGUUCGGCAACUCGCUGAGCCGGACCGACUCCAUUGACCCACUCAAUACCCAGUCCCUCCAUCCGGUCGAUGGAGGGUAUCAUGCCUGGAUGUUUUUGGUCGGAGCUACGACCAUAGAGGUGCUUAUAUGGGGCCUACCAUUCUCAAUAGGUGUGCUUCAUCUGUACUGGACAAACACGCUGUUUUCGGGAUAUGGCGCGGCUACCAUCACGCUUGCUUCGACUCUCCAUGCGGGGCUACUCUACAUGUUGACGGCUAUCGCUGGACCACUGAUCACGGCCUUUCCUAGGUAUACCAAAAAGAUGCAAUUAGCAGGAGUAGUCGUGUCUACGCUGGGCACCGUGACCUCUGGCUUAGUCACUGAACCAUGGCAGCUCGUGAUCACCUUUGGAGUUCUCUACCCCUUCGCAGCCGUCACCUACCUCCCGUGCGCUACGAUUCUCUUCGAAUGGUUCUCCGCAAGACGCGGGCUGGCCGGCGGGAUCAUGUUCGCAGGUACCGGCGUGGGCGGCACCUUCUUCCCCUUCCUCAUCACCGGUCUCAUCGGUCGUUUUGGAUACAAGGCCGCCAUGAUCUCCCUUGGUAUAGGGUACGGUGUGCUUUGCAGUAUCGCCCUCAUACCCAUCAAGCGAAGACUGCCGCUCCCUCGGAGAAGAGGCGGGGCGAUCGGGGACGAAGCAAUACGACGACCAAAGGCGAAUAUGGAGUUUUUGAAGCAUCGGCUGGUGUGGAUUGGCUGCGGAGUGAUUAUGCUCAGCAGUCUAGGGAACUUUGUUCCGAGUCUAUGGCUUCCAACAUUCGCGGAUGACCUUCAUGUUUACCCGAGUGGAACGGGUCUCAUAUCCAUCAUGAAUGCCGCUUCGGUACCCGGCAACGCCAUCAUAGGAUACCUAUCAGAUCGAUGGCCGAUCCGGAUCCUCAUCGCCGUCGACUGCCUCGCAACCGCGAUGGCCUGCUUCUUCCUCUGGGGAUUCGGCACCAAUGCCAGCCUCCUCGUUCCCUUCUCGCUAGUCUUUGGGGUCCUAGGGGUCGGCUUCAUCAGCGUUCAAACGAAGAUGAUGUCAAUGAUCGCCAAGGACGAUCCUACAGUUCCGGCCAUGGCAUUCUCCAUCUUUGCAUUUGCGAGGGGAGUGGGCAGUAUGGCUUCUGGACCGAUAGCCGAUCAGCUGCUCAAGGUCGACAUACUAAAAGGUGGUCCGGGAGCUUAUGGGGUCCACAACUAUGCAAGUUGUUUCUGCCAGGUCCCGCAUAUAUGA